CUUUCUUUUUUAGCUUGGUAUGCAUGCCCAAUUAGUCAUGUUUAAUCAUUUAACCGAAAAAAUCUAGUGAGUACAAAAUUUAAAAUCAUUCUAGAAUCAUUUUACAAAUUUUGUUGCCAGUGCUUAUACUUCGAAAAAGGUCUAAAUUUCGAAAAACUAGAACUCUACCUAACAUACGUAUAUUCUUAAGAAGCUGGUAUUAUUUUUACAAUAUUCCCUGCUUAUUCAAACUAAACCCUAUAAGAUCUAUACAUUAGUUCAGCGUAGAUGUAAUGUGCAACGUAUGUAUCAGUAUGUAUGUACGAGUACACAUGUACAUAUAUAUAUAUAUAUGUGCAUAUAUGUACAAGUUUGUUACGAAUUGGCAAAACAUAAACUAAAAAUUCACCAAAUUCUGGUUACGACAAAUUCAUGGUCAAAUUGACUGACUUUAGUAAGAAAUUGACGUAAUUUGACGGAAUUUUGAGAAAAAGUAUCUUGUAUCUUGUCAAAAGUAUCUUAAGAUACUUUUCUGCCAGGCAUAUCUAGAUAAGAUACUUACACAAGAUACUUUCGACUUUCUAAAAGAUAGAAGAUACAAGAUACAAGAUACUUCUCUGAUCAGGCGACGAAGAUACAAGAUAAAGAUACUAUCUUGUAUCUUUUAUCUUGUAUCUUGACCAAGUAUCUUGCCCACCCCUGGUAUUUAUUAUUACUAACACGGGUGUAAUAUUACAUGUCAUUGAGAUAAGCAACGAACUAACCCUCAGCACCUAUACUUACAUCCAUCAUAUUAAUUAUACACACAUUGCACCAUGAACGAACCAGGAAAUGAAAUCAUCAACUUCUUUCUGUUCACGGAAUUCGGCUCAACAAAUUUAAAACAAUCGUCGUCUCAGUUCCUUGUUCAAAAUUGCAUAUACACCGACUAAAAUCACGACUCUUCCACAUGAUACUGAGGCUGAUUGUUGGUCAGUCGGUCGGGGGUGGUGCAUCCAUGUAACAGUUCUUCUCUUAGUUUGGGCUGACAAGAUCAUUCAUCUCAUAAAAAUGGAGAAUGGUUAUUCUCCGGUACUGCAAAGGAUGGGUGACAUUGGGAAUAAGAGGAAGGUGUACAAGGUCGUGCUCACGGGAGGUCCGUGUGGGGGCAAAACGACUGGGCAAGCACGUCUUUGCUCGUUCUUUGAAACGCUGGGAUGGAAGGUGCUUCGUGUCCCGGAAACCGCGACUGUCCUGCUCGGAGGGGGGAUCAAAUUCUCAGAACUGACUGAAGAGCAGGGAAUGACUUUUCAAGAAGAGUUGCUCAAGACGAUGAUGCAGAUUGAGAGUACGUUCUUCCAGAUUGCAGAAUUUAUGGAUAAGGACGUCCUUGUCAUUUGCGAUCGUGGGGCGAUGGAUGCGUCUGCGUUCAUUGCUAAAGAGCAGUGGGAACGAAUUCUCAAUAAGAAUAAUCUCAACGAGGUGGAGAUACGAGACACCCGCUACAAUCAGAUUAUUCAUAUGGUGUCGGCCGCUAAUGGAGCGGAACCAUUCUACACGGUUGCGGAACACGCGUGUCGCUCUGAGGGGAUCGAAUUGGCACAAGAACUGGAUCAGAAAGCCGCGGAAGCUUGGAUUGGACAUCCAUACUUUGACAUAUUGGACAACUCGACCGACUUUGAAACCAAAGUGAAAAAGAUGAUUCAAUGUGUAUGUCAACGGAUCGGAAUUGACGUUCGGGAUCGAUUGGAGAUCAACUCUCGCAAAUUCAAGUUUCUUGUCCAAGGCCCACUGCCUGUGGAUGACGAGUUCCCAGUCAAAUUCCAAGAUUUCAGCGUCAUACAUGAUUACUUGCGGAUGAGUGAACAUAACAAACAGGCACGGUUAAGGAAGCGUGGUGUGAAGAAUCACUGGAACUACACGUACACAGAUCGACGUCCUGUUCAUGGACAAAUUGUCGAGGUGAAAACAACACUCUCUGCUCGAGACUAUGCCAUGAUGUUGGCUCAGAGAGAUCACAAUCACGUCACCGUAUACAAAACACGCAGAUGUUUUCUUUAUAAUGAUCAGUACUUUCAAAUGGACAUUUACAAGGAUCCCUGCCACCCACGGUGCAAGGGGCUCAUCCUUCUCGAAACAUACAGCACGUUGUCAAGCUCUGAAAUCCAACAGAGACUGCCAAAUUUUCUCUCCAUUGUGAAAGAGGUGACUGGGGAAGCUCGCUACUCCAUGUUUAACUUGAGCCUCAAGGAAACUUGGGACGGAAAUAAGCACUUUUGUGACAUUCUCGGUUCUGAUGGAACAUCCGAGACGGGAAAAAAUUUUAAGAAAAAUGGCUCCAGCUCGAGGUCGUCCGUGGCCAGCGUGGAAGAUGAAGAAGAUGAAGGACGGAGUGAGAUAUUCUUGGCGUGCAGUGACGCCAAGUCCGCACAACACUUCCGUGCAAAUGGAACUAUCGGCUAUGGCAAAUUUAAAGGAGCUCCGCUCAAUGGAAUUGAGACUAAUGGAGUGUGUCCCUCAAAAUCCAAGAAUGGUCAUAGCACUACCAAUACCACACCGUCAUCGUCUAAGACAAAUGGUAAAACAAAUGGAAGCUCUCCUUCUAAUACCAAAUCCACUAUCUCAACCACCAACGGCAAUGGGACAACAAAGAAACACUAAAAAAUCAAUUUGGAAGAAACCUGGAUAAUUUACCUACAUAUUUAUUAUAUACGAAAAAGUUACCACUUCCAUGCCAAAAUUGUAUGAAUGCUGCUCCAAUAUAAAAUAUAAAGUGUGCUGUUAUUAUUGUAACAGUUAGCCAAAAGAACCGCUAUAUAUUUUCGUCUGUCCCUCUUUGACCAAUUACCUGACAAAAUUUCAAUACAAACAAAUGUGCUAUAUUCUCAUAUGAUUAAGUAAAUUCAAUGGAAAUCAAUAUCAAUGCGUAUGGAAUCAGCCAAGAGCAGAAUUAAAAGGAGAAUUACAAAAAUAUUGUUAAAUAAUUAUUGUUAUCAUUAUAAUAUUCAGAGAAAGUGUGUUAUCUGUUAUUCUUUGCCUCUGAUUCCAAUUGUUUGGUAGCAUUAUAUGCCGCUAAUUUAUAGAUUUCCUGUGUCUAGAUUCUCAUCAUGACUUGGGCUUGACACUAUUUUAUUGAGAAAAUGACCAUCAUAACAUAGAAAUAUUAGACAGAGAGAGACAUAGUUGAAGACUAGACCGUACCGUAUCACGGAUUAUAAAUACUUAGUCAGUAAUAAGAAAAGCCCAGGCAAUUCCUGGCUAGUUUUAUAGAACUAUCUUGUAUUUUCAUAGAUGUAACAAUCGAUGAGCUAUCACAUAUUUUUACUAGUGUUAGUAACACUGUGUUACCCUACAAAUUUUAGAUAUUUCUCUUACUUCCCUUGCUUUUCGGUAUACAUACUUUCUCAACUAAUGGAGGUUUGAUUAUAAUUUGUAAAUUAAAUUGAAAAAAACUUGGUUUUGGAUUGUUUUGAUAUCUCACUGACUCUGAAAUAAAGAUUACGAAUUUA